CGUCACGGCGGUAGGAGGCUGUAUCGAUGCGAUCGGCGCUCCUCAGUCUGGCGAAUCUCCGCCAUCUUCAGCACCUGAGAGACACGGGCUCGGGGGUGAUACAGGGAGCGGGCACCGGGAGGUCACUUGCUCCUGCCAGCUGUCGGCGACAAUCAGACUCCUCACCAUGAACGUCACGAAGGGCGGCUUGAUCCUCUUCUCUGCCAAUUCCACCGCCUCUUGCGUGGAGCUCGCGAAGCGAAUAGCCGAGCGGCUGGGAGUUGAACUCGGCAAAGUCCAGGUAUAUCAAGAGCCAAACCGAGAAACCCGCGUUCAGAUUCAAGAAUCCGUGAGAGGGAAAGAUGUUUUCAUCAUCCAGACCGUUUCCAAGGAUGUGAACACCACAAUCAUGGAGCUGCUCAUCAUGGUGUACGCGUGCCGGACGUCUUGCGCUAAGACCAUCAGCGGCGUGAUCCCGUACUUCCCCUACAGCAAGCAGUGCAAGAUGCGGAAAAGAGGCUCCAUCGUCACCAAGCUGCUGGCUUCCAUGAUGUGCAAAGCCGGUUUAACGCACCUCAUCACCAUGGAUCUGCACCAAAAAGAAAUUCAGGGCUUCUUCAAUAUUCCUGUUGACAACCUACGAGCUUCUCCUUUCCUCCUACAAUAUAUCCAGGAAGAGAUCCCUGAUUACAGAAACGCCGUUAUUGUUGCCAAAUCCCCAGCGUCAGCAAAGAGAGCUCAGUCUUUUGCCGAGAGGUUGCGGCUGGGACUCGCCGUGAUCCACGGAGAAGCACAGGACGCCGAGUCGGACUUAGUAGAUGGACGACAUUCGCCACCCGCGGCCAAAGGAAUCGCUGCCAUUCACCCGUCUCUGGAGCUGCCACUGAUGAUGCCAAAGGAGAAGCCUCCAAUCACUGUCGUCGGAGACGUGGGCGGGAGGAUAGCAAUUAUUGUGGAUGACAUCAUUGAUGAUGUCGCUAGUUUCCUUGCCGCAGCCGACACGCUGAAAGAGAGAGGAGCCUACAAGAUUUUCGUGAUGGCCACGCACGGUUUGCUUUCAUCAGACGCCCCGAGGCUAAUCGAGGAAUCGGCCAUCGAUGAGGUCGUUGUCACCAACACGAUUCCCCACGAAAUCCAGAAGCUCCAGUGCCCCAAAAUCAAGACGGUGGACAUCAGCAUGAUCCUCUCCGAGGCCAUUCGCCGGAUCCACAACGGGGAGUCCAUGUCCUAUCUUUUUAGAAAUAUAGGAGUAGACGAUUAGUCCCCGUGUUUGUCUAAAUAUAUAUAUAUUUUUUAGGAAUAUACCUUGGGCCAAAACUGGAAUUGUACGGCGUGUCGAUGCCGAGCAAGGCGCUUACCUUAAUGUUGCAACAAGGUCACUUUUUUCAGGUUGAUCACCAAUUCACCAAUCGAUUAUUUGAUGAUUUUGAUUUUUUUUUUAUUAUAAUGAAGAAAAACUAAAUUUUUGUGAACAAAAAACAUCACACAAGAAGAAGACGGUUUACUUUUUGCGUUACAGGCACUAGGUCUCGCCAUCGAUUGACUGAGGAUGAUAGGCGUCUUUGUCCUUCAGGGUUUUAGCACCAGAUUAUAUCUGCUUUUUGGGCAGAAGUUUGCCUUUUUUUUUUGUUUUUUUCGUAAUGCCUGUGGGUGGCAAACUUUGGCUUUCCGUCUGUGGGUGGACUACGUAUCCCAUGAUCCUCCGCUUUUGAGCGGGGAGUUGGAUGUAACCCAAUCACAGCUGCUACGCCAUGUCUGCCCAGACCCCAUAUUACACUGCAGUGCCCUGUUUUGUACCCAACGGUCUGAAUCAACGUCAGCUCCGUAUUAUAUAUGAUUUUUUUUUUAAAUUUCUUUUGUAUUGAUCAGUUUCGCACUUAUUUUGAUGACCUAAAGCUUUGGCGCCUCAACCAAAGCUAUUUAGCCAUUGGCCGUCGCACCGAGCGCAGCGGCGCGUUGUGCACUUUUUACCAAAAGCCGGCUGUCCGCAUUUCGAAUCGGUUAGAGAUGUUUUUUUCAUGUAAUUGCUUCGAUGUCUGAGCGCACAGGAGAGGAAUUAAGUCUUAAUUGUGUUUCCGAUUGGUGUGAAGGUCCGGGUCAGAAUAAGGCGGCCACGGAAGUCUUAGAAAUAGAGGAAAAUAGAGAAAAAAGAAA